CGAGACAUCUGCAGAGACCAUAAAUACUCUCUCUCUCUCUCUCUCUCUCUCUCUUAAGAAGCCGUGGGUGUCUUCAAAGGUCUAAGCUUUCCGAUUGAGCUUUAGGGCACCAUAAAGUAUGGAAAUAAAACCAUCAGUUGCCUUGAGGGCAAUGCUUGUAGGAUCGAUAGCAGCGUGUGCAAAAAUUGCAGGCGUACUGAAGGCUGCAGGUGGUGCAAAGAUCGGGGUAGCUGCAACUGCCAUGACAGCAGCUGCUACUGCAGCUAUGUCAUCAAAGCAGGAAGAUGCUUCUAAGCAACCUUCAAAAUGAUUUUCUUUUGCUGAUCUAGUGAGUCAAUAACGUAUGUAGCAUGGAACAAACUGGGACCAAACUGGAAUUAUUUUGGAUUUUUGCCCUCACACCCACAGUGAGGGUAUGUAUAAAACUACUGAAAUUGAAAAUAGAUAUAUAACUUUCCCUAAAACUUGUAGGGGAAAAUCAUAUUUGUCUCGCUA